GAUGAUAAACCAUUUGGUUGUUCUGAACCACAAUGUGGCAUGAGGUUUACAAAUGAAGACCAUCUGAAUGUUCAUAUGAAGAAACAUGAAAUGAAUUUAGCGUUAAAUUUAGUGUUUACUCAAAUUUGUAUUUCUAUUGUAGAUCAAACCCCAACUCCAACAAAAUUUCUAAAAAACUGUGAAGAAAUAGGAUUGUUUCAAGAGUUAAGUAAAAAUCCAUUUGAAGAGGCAUUUAAAAAGGCAACGGAUUCUGAU